GAUCUUUGGGGGGAAGCGUGGGCGAGUGCGCAUGCUCCGUCUUUCCGUGCUCCGGCUCCGUGACAAGAGCUCAAGAUGUUGAUGCCCAAGAAGAACCGUAUCGCUAUCUAUGAGCUCCUCUUCAAGGAGGGUGUAAUGGUAGCCAAAAAAGAUGUACAUAUGCCAAAACAUCCCGAGUUGGCAGACAAAAAUGUCCCUAACCUACACGUAAUGAAGGCCAUGCAGUCUUUGAAAUCUCGUGGAUAUGUAAAGGAGCAAUUUGCGUGGCGGCACUUUUACUGGUACCUGACUAAUGAGGGCAUCCAGUACCUGCGUGACUAUCUCCACCUUCCUCCAGAGAUCGUUCCUGCUACUCUGCGUCGGCAGACACGCCCUGAGACUGCAAGGCCAAGGCCUAAAGGUCCAAUGGAGGAUCGUCCUCGUCUCCGUGAAUCUGACAGAGACAGUUACAGGCGGGCAACUCCACUUGGAUCAGACAAGAAGGCUGAAGCUGGUGCGGGCGCGGCCACAGAAUUCCAGUUUAGAGGUGGAUUUGGCCGUGGUCGUGGACAACCUCAGUAAAUGUGCAACAACUUGCUCUGUAAAAUAAAAGUCAAAUGAAAUGUA